ACAUUUUUCACUUCACAAAAAAGCAAAAUCCCAACCCAAUUCCAUGGCACACAAAUCCCAAAAAAUAAUCACUUUUUUAUCACAUCAUUAUGGUGAAACUAAUAACAACUUCCAAACCUCUCAUUCUCAAAUCAAAACUCCUCUGUUUUUCACUUUUCUACCUCUUCACCACUCUCUUUCUUGCUCUUUACACCACUCUCUCCCAAUCCAAAUGCUUCUUCAGAUCAUCCCCUUCAGAUCCAAUCCUCAAUUCUCUCUUCAAUUACCCUUCUUCCUAUGGUGAACACAAAUACGCCGUUUCGACUACCCGUUCCACGUGUUCUUCCCCUGUUUUCUUUUCAGAUUAUUGGGAUGUUGUCGAUGAAAUCGAGAAUUCUCGGAAGAAUUCUCGAGGUUAUGGUGGUGGUUUGCGGUAUAUGAAGGGUAAUAAUGCUGAUAGUUUUGGUGGAAAUCUUAGUACUCUUGCAAGGUUUUCUUAUUUUAAUCAUCAGAAUGAUAGCAUUGAAAUUCCAUGUGGAUUUCUCAAGGAUUUUCCAAUCAGUAAUUCUGACCAAAUUGCAAUGGAAAAGUGUGACAAUGUAGUGGUAGUUUCAGCAAUAUUCAAUGAUCAUGACAAAAUAAGACAACCAAAGGGACUUGGAUCCAAAACAUCAGACAUGGUGUGUUUCGUCAUGUUUGUCGAUGAUGUUACUCUCAAAGGUUUAGAACAUCACAAAUUGAUUUCAAUUGAAUCAGAUGAAUACAAGAUAGGCGUGUGGAGGAUUGUGAAAGUUGGAAAAGAUGGUUUGUAUGAGAAUCCAGCAAUGAAUGGGAUUAUACCAAAAUUUUUGGUUCAUAGGUUAUUUCCAAAUGCACAAUUCAGCAUUUGGGUAGAUGCAAAGUUGCAACUCAUGGUUGAUCCUUUGUUGUUGAUUCAUUCACUUGUUGUAAAGGAGAAUGUAGAUAUGGCUAUUUCAAAACACCCUUUUUAUGUUCAUACAAUGGAAGAAGCUAUGGCUACUGCUAGGUGGAAGAAAUGGUGGGAUGUUAAUGGUUUGAAGAUGCAAAUGGAGACUUAUUGUCAAAAUGGAUUGCAACCAUGGAGUCCUAGCAAGAAACCCUAUCCAUCAGAUGUACCGGAUAGUGCAUUGAUAUUGAGGAAACAUGGAGUAAAAAACAACCUAUUUUCUUGUCUAAUGUUCAAUGAGUUAGAAGCAUUCAAUCCAAGAGAUCAAUUACCAUUUGCUUUUGUUAGGGAUCACAUGAAUCCCAAACUGAAGUUAAACAUGUUUGAGGUUGAAGUAUUUGAACAAGUGGCAAUUGAGUAUAGGCACAAUGUAAAGAGUAGUGAUGGGACCAAUUUAAAGAAAGUGUCUAGUUUAAGAAGAACAAAAAGGGCAGAGGCAGAUUUGUAUGUUAACAAUGGUAGCUGUUGUGGUGGGUGCCACAAAUAUCUUUCAACAAUGUGGGGUGGUGAAUCCAAUGAUUGAUAAUUGAUGCAUCUUGCUCAAGACAAGAGUAGAUCAUAAGUAAAAACAAAAAAUUAAAGAUAAAAAACCUUAUAGUAUUAGUUUUUUAUUCAUUCAUUAAUUGAAGAGUUUCUACUAAAUUGCAUGUGUAUUUUUUAAAUGAAGACAAAAACAUAAUUUUUUAAAUUAAAUAGUGGAAAACUGACAACCUGUUAGAGGUUAGCAGGAAUGUUUCCUUCCUUAAUUCGUCUUUUUUGUUGUAUUUAUUCCUUUACGAAUCUUCUUUGCUUCAUUUUCUUUUACUUUUAAAUUGU